GACCGUCCUUCAACAUGAAGCGCGUCCUGUGCAGGAGGCUCGGAGCAGCUCUGUCCUGCUGCACACGCUUCCACGCUCAGCUAGUAAGAAACUGAUGUCUUCAUGCCCGAACAUUAGAAACACGUGCAUUCAAAGUGACCUCCCAGCUCACCUGUUCCUCUCGCAGGUGAGACAUGAAUCCACUGGACUUCCCAUAAUCCACCACAGCGGGUAUGUGUGCGAGCUGCCGACCAACCACAGGUUCCCCAUGGCCAAGUUCCCCAGAGUUCUACACUUCCUGCUCCAAGACCAGGUCAUCACAGACAGACAGGUGUGGGUCCCUGAAAUUGCCUCUAAAGAUUUACUGAGCGGCGUGCACACCGAGGAGUACCUGAGCAACUUCAUAAACGGAAAAAUAGAUGAGCGGGAACAAAGGAGGACAGGGUUUCCCUGGAGCGAAGGCAUAGUGAGACGCUGUCGAUAUGAAACAGGUGGGACUGUUCUGGCUGCUGAGGUGGCUCUGCAGAGAGGUCUGGCCUGCAGCACGGCAGGAGGAACCCAUCACGCCUUUCCCGGCUACGGUUCAGGCUUCUGUCUCCUCAAUGACUUAGCGGUCGCAGCCAAAUACACGCUGAGCAACUCCUCAACCAGAAGAAAGGUUCUGAUCGUGGAUCUAGACGUGCAUCAGGGCGACGGCACAGCUUUCAUUUUUAAAGAGGAGCCAUCUGUGUUUACGUUCUCAGUGCAUUGUGGGAAAAACUUCCCCCUCCGUAAACAGCAGAGUGAUCUAGAUAUCAGCGUGGAGGAUGGGCUGGAAGACAAGGAGUAUCUCUCCACAGUGGAGCAACACCUUCCCUGGCUGCUGGAGAGUUUUCGCCCAGACCUGGUUUUAUAUGACGCCGGUGUUGAUCCUCACUGGGAGGAUGAACUCGGGAGGCUCCGUCUGACAGAUGAAGGGCUUUAUCAAAGAGACCUGUAUGUGAUGAAGACGGUGGUGAGUAAAGGCGUUCCUGUCGCUACUGUUAUCGGUGGAGGAUACUCCAGAGACAUCGACAAACUGGCCCUCAGACAUUCCAUCGUCCACAGAGCAGCAACUCAGGUUUGGAGGGAGUGUGGGAUGUAAAACCCUCAUCUUCUGAACAAACAUGUCGCAUGUUUGAAAAAUGAUAGAAGCAUCCUUCCUAUAUCAAGGGAAGUCCACUCAGGAUAUUUUAAUCUGGAAAGCUGGUGCAUUCGCCUGUUGGCUGAAAAGUGAUUUAAAAAGACAUUCAGUUCGCAGUAGUAACUGUACAACUAAUAAAUACUGACUCCUCGGCCACCUUAAAGGUAGCCGUAGCAUCAGUUUUUUCAUUUUUAGUGAUACAACACUCAAUACUGGGCUGUCAGCACACUGUGAAGCUGCUAAACUGGCUUCAUGACAUCCUUAAGUGGACUUUGCAAAUUGUCCUGAAGCCAAAUGCAAAUAAAGGCAGAUAUUGAUCAUAGGUCAUGCUGCUGCAAACACCCAGAUAUCGAACAGUCUUUGUUUAGUUCAGUAACUCAGAAAUCUUGGUAUCAUUUGUGGUUAAAAUCUCAGCUGUAGUUCAAUCCUGCUGAUUUCUUUCUACCAAAAAUCUGAAAACUGUUAGUCUCACCUUCAUAACUUGUCGUUUACACUUUUGUAAUUACUUGUUCUCUGGCUACAGUAAAAAAAAACAAAAAACGAUUUAUGUUUUUUUAAAUCCCUUUCUCGCCUCUACCUCAUCCGAAACCGACUCGGGACUCAUGAGCACAUCUCGUUCCACCGGCUACCUGUUACCUCCAGAAUUGAUUUCAAGCUGUUAUUGAUUACUCACAAAGCCCUGAGAGAUCUUGCUCCAAAUUAUUUAUUAGAUGUGCUCAUAGAUUGCCUGUGGAGAUCAGGGCUGCAAACUCUGCCUCGUGUUUCAAACCGCUUUCAAAAACCCACUUUUGUAAACAUGCAUUAUGUUUUUUUGAGAAGUUGUCCUGCUCGGCUGUUUUGAGGCUGCUACAGAAAUAAAGUUUCUCAUUACUGAA